CCUGCCAGGUAUGUGCUGGAUCAUGAGGCAAUGAAGUAUCUCCAGACAUCCAGUGUGCUGGUUUCAGGCCUGCAGGGGCUAGGUGUGGAGAUUGCCAAGAACAUCAUCCUCUGUGGGGUCAAGGCUGUCACCUUACAUGACCAGGGCAAUGCCCAGUGGGCUGACAUAUCCUCCCAGAUCCACCUGCGAGAGGAGGACAUUGGUAAAAACCGAGCUGAAGUAUCACAGUCACGCCUCACAGAACUCAAUAGCUAUGUGCGUGUCCUCGCCUACAUAGGACCCUUGGUUGAGGACUUUCUUAGUGAUUUCCAGGUGGUGGGCCUUACCAGUACUCCCUUGAAGAGCCAGCUGCAAGUGGGUGAGAUUUGUCACAGCCAUGGAAUCAAGCUGGUGGUGGCAGACACCAGGGGCAUCUUUGGGCAACUCUUCUGUGACUUUGGAUAAGACAUGAUUCUCAGAGAUUCCAAUGGGGAGCAGCCACUCAGUGCUAUGGUUUCUUUGAUCACCAAGGACAGCCCUGGUGUGGUCACCUGCCUGGAUGAGGCCUGGCAUGGGUUUGAGAGCAGCGACUUUGUCUCCUUCAGAGAAGUCCAGGGCAUGAGUGAACUCAAUGACAUCCACCCCAUAGAGAUAAAAGUCCUAGGUCCCUACACCUUUAGUAUCUGUGAUACCUCCAGCUUCUCUGACUACAUCCUUGGGGUCAUCGUCAUUCAGGUCAAAGUAUCUAAGAAGAUUAGUUUUAAAUACUUGCUUGCCUCACUGGCAGAGCCAGACUUUGUGAUAACAGACUAUGCGAAGUAUUCUCGCCCUGCUCAUCUACAUAUUGGCUUCCAGGCACUGCAUCAGUUCUGUACUCAACAUAGCAGGCCACCUCGUCCCCACAACAAGGAAGAUGCAGCAGAACUGGUGACUCUGGCACAGGCUGUGAAUGCUCAAGCCUUGCCAGCAGUGAAGCAAGGCAGCCUGGAUGAGGACCUCAUCCAGAAACUGGCAUAUGUUGCUGCUGGGGAUUUGGCACCUAUAAAUGCCUUCACUGGAGUGGCUGCCCAGGAGUUUAUGAAGGCCUGCUCUGGAAAGUUUAUGCCAAUCACACAGUGGCUGUACUUUGAUGCCCUUGAGUGUCUCCCUGAGGAGAAAGUAGACUUCAUGGAAGACCAGUAUCUCCCGCACCAGAAUGGUUAUGAUGGACAGGUGGCUGUGUUUGGCUCAGACCUGCAAGAGAAGCUGGCCAAACAGAAGUACUUCCUGGUGGGUGCUGGGGCCAUUGGCUAUGAGCUCCUCAAGAAUUUUGCCAUGAUUGGGCUAGGUUGUGGGGAGGGUGGUGAAAUAACUGUUACAGACAUGGACACCAUCAAGAAGUCCAAUCUGAACCGACAGUUUCUCUUUCGACCCUGGGAUGUCUCGAAAUUCAAGUCUGACACAGCUGCUGCAGCUGUGCAUCAAAUAAAUCCACACGUCAGGGUAAGGAGCCACCAGAAUAAUGUGGAUCCUGAAACAGAAUGUAUCUACGAUGAUGACUUCUUCUAAAACCUGGAUGGUGUGGUCAAUGCUCUGGACAAUGUGGAUGCCCGCUUGUACAUGGACAGCCACUGCGUGUAUUACUGAAAGCCGCUACUGGAGUCUGGAACACUGGGCACCAAGGGCAGUGUGCAGGUGGUGAUUCCCUUGCUGACAGAGUCUUACAGCUCUAGCCAGGACUCCCCUGAGAAAUCCAUCCCCAUCUGUACACUAAAGAGCUUCCACAAUGCUACUGAGCAUACCCUGCAGUGGGCUCGAGAUGAGUUUGAAAGCCUCUUCAAGCAGCCUACAGAAAACGUCAACCAGUACCUCACAAACCCCAAGUUUAUGGAGCAGACACUGCGGCUGGCAGGCACCCAACCCUUGGAGUUGCUGGAGAAUGUGCAGCGCCGCCUGGUGCUGCAGAGACCAGAGACUUGGGCUGAUUGUGUGACCUGGGCCUGCCGCCAGUGGCACACCCAGUAUUCUCACAACAUCCAGCAGCUGCUGCACAACUUUCCUCCCGACCAGUUAGUAAACUCUGGUGCCCCAUUCUGGUCUGGGCCCAAACGCUGUCCUCGCCCACUUAACUUUGAUGUCAGCAACGCCUUGCACCUGGACUAUGUGAUGGCUGCUGCCAACCUGUUUGCCCAGACUUAUGGACUGAUAGGCUCUCUGGAGCGAGCUGCUAUGGUUACAUUGCUGCAGUUUAUGCAGGUCCUCAAAUUCAUUCCCAAGUCUGGUGUCAAGAUCCACAUUUCUGACCAGGAGCUGCAAAGCAUCGGUGCCUCUGUUGAUGACGGCCGCUUAGAGGAGCUGAAGUCCAUGCUUCCUAGUCCAGACAAACUUGCUGGAUUCAAGAUGUAUCCCAUUGAUUUUGAGAAGGUGCUGGAUUGGGAUGAUGACAGCAACUUCCAUAUGGAUUUCAUUAUGGCCGCAUCUAACCUCCGGGCAGAGAACUAUGAUAUUCCCCCUGCAGACCGGCAUAAGGUAGUGCUGAUUGCAGGAAAAAUCAUUCCAGCGAUUGCAACAACCACAGCAGCUAUUGUUGGCCUUGCCUGCCUGGAGCUAUACAAAGUGGUACAGGGACACGGAAAGCUUCAGUCCUAUAAGAAUAGCUUCAUCAACUUGGCCAUGCCCUUCUUCAGCUUCUCUGAGCCCCUUGCCCCACCCCAUCACCAGUACUAUAACCAAGAGUGGACACUGUGGUAUUGCUUUGAUGUACAAGGCAUACAACCUAAUGAUAAAGAGAUGACCCUCAAGCAGUUUUUAGCCUACUUAAAGACGGAGCACAAAUUAGAAAUUACCAUGCUGUCACAGGGUGUAUCUAUGCUGUAUUCCUUGUUCAUGCCAGCUACCAAGCUUAAGGAACGAUUGGAUCAGCCGAUGACAGAGCUUGUGAGCUGCGUGUCAAAGCGAAAACUGAGCCGCCAUGUGUGGACCCUGGUGCUUGAGAUGUGCAGCAGUGACGAGAGUGGUGAAGACAUCGAGCUCCCUUACGUAUGA